AUGAACGCUGAAGAUGACCACUUAUUAAAAACCAAGCUUUUGAAGACAGAUACACAAGUCAGCAGCUCUAUUUCUGAAGUGGCUGAGUGUUCGACGACGUCAAAUGAUAAUCUCAUGGUGACAUUCCCUUCUGCAAAAGAUGCAGAGAAUACAGAGAAAGACGGAUGUUGGGCUUGGGUCGUCUGCGGAGCUGCGUUUUGUGAUUUGUUCAUAGUUUUGGGAAUGCACUAUACAGUUGGUGUUCUGUACGCUGCCUUGCUCGACCAUUUCAAGGAAUCAAAAUCUAAAACAGGUACGUGGACUCGAUCUAGCGUGUAUAAUUUCCAUAUAAUAAUCUUCCGGUCAAAUGUCCCAUCACCUAAGACCUCUAAAAAAACGAAGAGGGACAACGAUUGGAGCGAUAAGAAAGCCGGGAGUGAGUCACGCCAGAGUAGUCGUCAGAAUUAAUGACCUGGAUAUAUUCCUAUUGUCCAAAAAUUUUGAGACGUGUUCCGACUACCGCAUUCCUUAUUAAUUGAAAACUUAUGCAGAGCUCCCUCAUUAUAAUGUUUCAUGCCCGGGGGGGUACUCUCAGAAAAAUUGGGUAGGGGUGUGCGGCCCGCUUCCCAAAACCCUUACCCUAUUUAUGACCAAAAUCUGCGAUUUUCCCUACCCUAUUUAUGACCUAACCAAAAAUUUGAUACCCUAUUUAUGACCUGACCCUUAAAUCAAUACCCUGUUUCAGACCUGCCUUAUAAUUAUUUCCCUAGUUCAGACCAAUGUUAAAGGCAAUGUUUAUCUGCUUUUAUUAGGUAGGUUAUAAUACUGCAAAGUUAAGACUACAGUGCAAAAAUCGUUACCCUAUUUAUGACCAAAAUGGCGGCAAAAUAGCCAAAAUCGAUACCCAAUUUAUGACCAAAACGGCUGAAAAACCCUACCCUUUGGGGCCGCACAUACCUAUAUAGCCCAAUUUAGGGAGUACCCCCCCGGGGUUUCAUGUCCCUUUAAUUCCUAGUUACGGAUACUUUUUAUUUUUAUAUACUUUUCUAUUUUUGUUUUAUAUGGCUAAUCUAAUUCAAAAUUAACAACCAUAAGCAACCAUAACCAACCAUAAUUUAUUUGCCAACUUAAAAAACGUUUACAUGAAUAGAAUAAAUUAAAGAAGAACAGGCAUAAAAACUACCCAGCAUAGCAAAAAGUAGAUGAAUAGCUCAGAGAAGUUACAAUAAUCAGUUUACAUUAUAAAAGGCCGUGACACAUGGAGAAAAAGAGGAAAAUAAAUUAAAUUUGGGAGAAUAGGUGGUUUUCACGUUACGUCAUCAUCGCCAUGCUGUUGGAUGGUAAACAAAAGAUCGCUCAUUAGCUCGCUUUGUUUGUCCACCAGCAUUUGUUCGUUUCACCAUUGUUAUUUGUGUCUCCCGGGAUUGCAUGAAAACCAGCUAUAGAAAAUUUACAGUCUCAAAGAAUCUUGUUCUUUUAUAGCAGAGAUAUUUAAUUUUUACAGAAUUCAAGAACUCAUCAUCUUGCUCAGUUUGAACAUAAUUAUAGCCAUUACCACAUGCAUGCAUUACUCAUAUUUGACAAUUAUUAUUGGAUGAUGCUGAACAUGAUAUGAAGGAUUGUGCAGAUCAGGGAAGGUUGUUAUUCGCCCUAGUCGUCGGAGAUCUGCAUAAUCUUUAAUAUCAUAUGAAAGUCCAAUUCACUUUAACUUCUUUUCACUCUAUUUUUAAAAUGUUAAUUUCAUUAUAUUUUUGUUAAUUGAUUGCUUGUUCCCUCCAGCAGAUGUUCUUAAAAUAGCAGUUGUAAUCUGUCAUAAGUGUUAUUUUUGCUAAUGCAUUUGACAGUAGGUUGGUUAUUUCUUCUUGGCUUAUUGUGUAAAAUCUUCUGCCAUUUUCUCUAGCUCUGUCAAAAACAGCUGAGCUACCACUCCUUUCUGUCAACAUCAAAAUUGAUAUUGGCAAGCAUCUUCCAAAUUUUGUUAAUAAUUUAUUCUAACAGCACAAUAACUGGUUAUGAAGAAUAAGUGGGGGACUACUCAGAACAGGGAUAACAGUUAAUAACAAUCUAAUAAAUGUUAUUUUAUUGUCUCCAAAAAGAAGCUGAAUGUGGAGGUAGCACUUUCCAAAAAUAAGAGGGCAAAUAGUCUCCUUAGAGCUGGAGUCAUGCAAUGCUCCCUGGAACAUUGCGUGACUCCAGCCUGAGACUAGAGAGCACCUGGCCUCAAAAUAAUUUAUCUUGGCCUUGGGGAAGGUGGUGUUCAGGUUGGCUUUAAAAUAAGGCACUGGAUCCCCACCCCUUGGCCUCCCCCCUUGAUCUGCCACAGCCUUGUGCAAGGUUUUAAGGGGGCAAGCAAGGCAUUUUAUGCAUGGGCAACUUAAAAGUGCUAAGUAGACACAAAUAAGAACAUGUUAUGAAGGCUAUAUGAGAAGAGAGAGACACCCAGGGAGCAAUGUUAAUUUCCUGUGAAGUACAAUGUAAGAUAACCCUGGGUUAUCUUAAUCCCACUUUGAACAACCCGGUACUUAAGAGGGAAUGGGGGCUUAAACCUAUAAAAGUCUGGGCCAGAAAGCUGUAAUAUUUUAUUGUCUUGUCACUUAAGCAUGAAAAAAAAUCUUGACUGUAAGUUCCUGACAGAACCUCUUACCUCCCUAGCACAAGGCAGGGUAGUAACCUACUGAGCUUCUGAAAGAGUCACAGGCUAAUUACUAGGUACACAGAUUUGUGAUUUACGUAUUGAAAUUCUAUUCUGCUGAUAUCCGCAAUGCGGAAAGCUUACUUUAUGGUGAUGGAAAAAAGAGCACAAAAAGAUGGCCAGUUUGUAGCCUGUUCCAUGGGUCAAAUAUUGUCAAAUAUUAACAGUAUUGGAGAGUGGCAUUUUGUCUGGUCAUUUCUCUUUGCGCCGUCCUCAAUAGCCUGUGCCGCCCAAAGGGCUCGUGAUUUUGAAGCUCCUGAUUUAGAACGGGGUAUCCAUUUCAGAGGCGUUUCCUGGAACGGGGUAUAAUAUUUCGAACGCACGAAAGCUCCACUUUUGUAAGCAACCAUUUGAAAGUAUUCAAGGACAGAUUGCUUUUAAAAAUACGGUUCAAUGCGUUAACAAGCAAACUGUUGUACUCCUGUCGCACCCUAGAACGGAGUAUAAAAAAUUGGCUUAUUUCUAGAACGGGGUAUCAGUUUUAGGGCGAAUUCUAGAACGGGGUAUAAAAAAUUGGCCCAUUUUUAGAAAGGGGUAUCAAUUUUAGGGGAAAUUUUUUCUAGAACGGGGUGCCAGUUUGGAGUCUCGGGCGGAACAUACCCACCCAAAAAAUAGCCAAGUGCCCCCUCCCUCUCCCCCCCCCCCGGGGAACGGGCUCACCUGUGCAGGUUCGGCAAAGCUGGCGAAGAAGAGUCCUUGGGCGCUGACGGCUCCGCUGCAAUAAAAAUUUUCCCGAACUCGCACAAGUGAACCUGCCCCUGCGUCUGUACUAUUCUAACGCCUGGAACACGCUCGCAAACUUUAAGAUAAUAACCCAUCGUUUUGUUUGCGUGAGAACAAUUUUGCGUGAGACCGUUGAAAAGGAAAGCAUCUUGAUGACGUCGCAUUUACGCUCGGGCCUUUGAGCUGAAAGGUGAUCAGACACGCCUGAUUUGAACUGAAAGAAAUAAAGCUUUCUAUUUGAACGCGCAAUAUCUAAUGUCGAGGUUUCUCACGCGAGCACUUUGUUAAGUGAAGCGCAAACUCAAUCAUAGCUUUGCUAGCAAUUUAGAUUGCAAUUCCUUCCUACACGCUGACCUAACACGUGACCUUAGCUCACAGAACGGCGAAUGGAAAUGCCCCUGUACAUGUGCGCGUAGACUCUUUAAUAGAUCCAAUGAGCCAAAAAAAACUUAAAUGACAAAUUACAAAAAAGUGAGGCAAAAACUAGGUAAUUUAUAUUCCUUGUUCGAUAAAGUAUCGGGGGCACCCAACGUCAAUUUUUGGAAUUAAAUAUCUGUUCGGAAGACGAUUUGAGAUCUAGAAUUUUCGGAACAUUUGUUGUAAAAUUUCUUGCUUGCCUGCCUCUAGUAGGAUUUUCGAACAUCUAAAACUGGUAUAAUUGCCCAUUUUUAACGGAUUCUUACCCUAAAAAGGUCACCUAGAAUUUUCGGGAGCCUUUUUCCUGGCUGAAAUUUCGAAAAGGUAAGGUUUGACCCCUAUAACUUUCGGAUCACUAGACUUUCAGCUAGGAAAUCCGAACAGAUGAAAAAUUUUUAGGGGAAAAAUAUGCCUAUAUCUAAUAUUUAAAUACUAAAAUACGUUCAACGAUGCUAUGUUUGAGUGGUUUUGAACUAUAUUCUGAUUCGUACCGUGAAGCCAACCAUACCACGCGUCACGUGGCUCAGAACGCAUGUUUCCCUGGGCCGUUCUCCAGCAACGGCAGCGUAUUUGUCACUUCGCCGCGUUCUUUCAUUAAAACUUUAUCUCAUAUCUCGCUCAAUUUUUCAAAUGCCAGGAGCUCCCGCAAAUUGUGUUGGCGAAUUUUCAGGAGCUGAAUUCUUGCGACUGUAGCCAAGUUAACGAAGAAAAAGAAAAAUUCGUCGUGUGUGUCAAGGUCUGUUAUUAAACGUCCUCCGUAACCGACGUCGAAUAGAAAGUUCACGUCAUAGUUGCCCAGUUGCAGUGAAUAAAAUACCAAAACCUUUGAUGCACAUGCAGAAUUGUGUUUUUUUUGUUGUCGCCGUCAUAAUGUCUUUAACUCACUCUUUUCGUAGUGAACAAGUCCCUUGGCACAAGACUGACCUGAACGAUUUCCUUUUGUUGCAGCUUGGGUCGGCUCCAUUGCCCAGUUCUGCCUCUUCUUCUUCUGCUAUCCCGGCAGCCUCCUCAGCGAGCGUUUCGGAUGCAGACGAGUGGUCAUAUUCGGAGGACUGUUCACGAGUGUCGGCCUUUUGCUGUCCUCCUUUGCUAACAGUCUAUACGUCAUUUACGUUACACAUGGUGUCAUUGUAGGCUUCGGCACGAGCAUUAGCUACCUUCCAGCUCUGGUUAUGGUGGCUUAUUAUUUCGACAAAAAACGCUCGUUUGCAACAGGAAUCGCGGCCUCUGGGAGCAACUUAGGAGCCCUUGGAUUAGCACCUUUACAGCAAUUAAUCGUAGAUUCUUUUGGUUGGAGAAACUGCUAUCGAUUUCUAAGCGGCUUAGCGUUGAUUAUUAGUAUAUGCGGGUUAUUAUUUAAGCCUCUGGAAGAAAAAAAGACAGCUGAAUACAAUCUUGAGAAGGACUCACAAGUCAUCGAGGAUAAAUCGUCCAAGAAAAAGGCUCCUCGCUUUCCAAGAAAUAACUGGUUUAUUAUAUGGGCUGUAGCGAGCACUGUUGCAACGUUCGGAUAUUUCAUACCUCAUGUUCACUUGGUAAGGUACCAUGCAUGUUAGAGCGAUUUCUGUAUGACCUUGAAAAAUGGUUUCGGUAGGUGUUCGUUAUUUGUUUUAUCAGCCAAUGGAUGAAAAGAUCAAAACAUGGUCUCUUCGUUUUCCCGCCAAAGAAAACCCAAAUAUGGAGAAGGCAUUGUUCGAUUCGUCAAUCGUGUUGCAGUGUGACGUCAAAGCGAAGUAUCGGUUGAUUUCUAGAGAGUUCUCGGGCAACCAAAAGCCACGCGCGUUUGUGUCCAUUCGAUAGCCCAAUCAUAUCCCUCUAUUUCCGUUCGUUUGUUGUUUCUGUUUUGUUCGCGCGUUUUCAUUUCAAGGUCAUACGAAAAUCGCUCUAAGCUACGGUAAAACGUGCAACAAAAACGUGCAACUAAAAGCGAUGUUGCGCGUUUUACCUCCCACGUCCAAACCUGUCUUGCAGCAUAUCAGGUGGUUGUGAGUUGUGUCAAUACUGACUUCUGGUUGGAUAAAAUUACGCGGCAGUCAGCCCGCAACAUGAACUGAUUUUGUAGACCUACUCUCUACGUUCUGCAACAACUUUUCGCAACCUGCAGCAAGCUGAUUUGUUGCAAGAUAGGUUUGAUUCGUGGGUGGUAAAACGCGCAAUAUCGCUAUUUAACUCAUUUGGCAGCAACGUCGACGCAAAACAAGUGGCACGUUCUUGUUGCCCGUUUUACCAUACGUCGAUGUGUGGCAACUGUUUAACUAGUUACAGUCGACGCAAAUGGGGUUGCAGUGGUGGUAGCACUCUCUUCACGCCAAUGAGGCCUAGGUUCGUGUCCCGAGGGUGACGCCUCUUGUCAAUUUACCACAGAGGUUUCCGCUGUCUUCAGUUUAUUCAUGUUUUAAACGUAGACAGGAGGGUUAUAGGCUCAUGAUGAAGGCGAAUUUUCCUAGCGUAUACUGAAUUGUACGUGUAAGAGGGCCGCAACCAAGUUCAAAAGGGAAACUGGAAAAUUUGUUGCCCUAUGUUCAUGUCGUUUAUAAGUUGUCGCAGAUGUAAAUCUUCUCUCCUUCUCGAAAUUGAGGCUGAGCACUGAUACGUUUUUUUCCUUUAGGUCCGUGUUGCAGAAGAGAUGGGUUCUUCACAUCGGGAUGGUUCGCUUCUUCUUUCCUACAUCGGGAUUGGUUCGGGGAUCGGAAAGAUCUUCUUCGGAAAAAUUUCGGACCUUCCGUGGGUAGAUACUUUACGAUUGUACAAUAUUUGCAUGGUUCUUUCUGGACUAUCGCCACUUCUUGCUCUACUGGCAGUUGGAUACAAUAUGCUGGUCAUAUAUGCAGUAGUGUUGGGACUGCUGGACGGUUGUUUUAUCGGACUCAUGUCCAUUGUGACGUUUGAAUGCGCAGAUCGUCACAGAAUAUCGGAAGCCUGGGGUGGAGUUCUUAUGAUUAUGUCAUUCUCUAUGUUAAUCGGCGCCCCAGCGGCAGGUGAGACAAAGUUUGGCUAAAAACUAGGUCAGCCGGAUUAUCCAGUUUAGACUAGUAUUCGAACCUGUUUGUCGAGUUUUCAGGGAGACUAUUUCUUGAGCGGUUUUAUCUAAAUCCCCAUUUAUUCUGUUAAGACCUGUUUUACUUAGGUUUAGCGAAAUGGCAGCGAAAAGGCUGGAUUUAAAAAUAAUUCAAGUAGGCUUCGACCACGUGUACUUUUAUUGUUUUGUCUACAUUCAGCCAUGAAGACGUGUACAUAGAAUGACUAAGCAAUCUAGUUGUAAAUUUUGUGACUGUGGACGAAAUUUAGUCUCUCCCCUUGAUGUUUUCCCUUAGCCUGAGAAAACAACCGACAUUUCGCGACGCAACCACUGGUUUCCCCCGAAAUGACGUCUGAAGAACGGGCGCAGAAAUUCCAUAUUGACGACGCUCUAGCCAGAUAAGGGUAUCGCCUCUGAUUGGUCGUGCCAGGGCGGAAACUUGCUUCAACCAAUCAAAAGCACCACCCAGAUCUAAGUAGUGACACGUCAUCAGACGUCAUUUCGCGAGGAAACCGGUGGUUGUGUUGCGAAGUGUGAACCGUUCUCUCAGUGUACUCUGCGCUAAUGAUCAAGAAAUCUCUCUCGGUUUCUAUUUUUGUAUGCACGCUUGACGAUCUCUAAAAAAAGAGGUCUGUGAACAGAUUAGACGAAAUUCUCAGGUGUUCCAUGGCUAUUCAAAUGCAAAAUUCUGAGCAGUACUUUCCAGUGGUUCUGGCGGUUCUUUUAUGCUGUACUAGGUGGUUCCAACUUAAAGUCUGUGGAUGAAAUCCUACGGUGUGAUCAUUCAAAUGAAAGCUACUGAGCAGUACUUUCCUGUGGUACUGUUUAUUAUGCUGUACUAGGUGGUUCUAACUUUUGAGUCUGUGGAUGAAAUCCUAUGGUGUGGCCAUUCAAAUGAAAGCUACUGAGCAGUACCUUCCUGUGGUACUGUUUAUUAUGCUGUACAAGGUGGUUCUAACUUUUGAGUCUGUGGAUGAAAUCCUAUGGUGACACCAUUCAAAAGAAAGCUACUGAGCAUUACUUUCCUGUGAUACUGUUUAUUAUGCUGUACAAGGUGGUUCUAACUUUUGAGUCUGUGGAUGAAAUCCUAUGGUGUGACCAUUCAAAUGAAAGCUACUGAGCAGUACUUUCCUGUGGUACUGUUUAUUAUGCUGUACUAGGUGGUUCUAACUUUUGAGUGUGUGGAUGAAAUCCUAUGGUGUGACCAUUCAAAUGAAACCUUUUUGGCAAAAAUACUUUAUCAAAGCAUCAAAUUUUCAGUCUAAAAUGAUAUCUGGAGCUUGUUUGGAAUUUUGCCCUCGGCUUAAUUUCUCCGUCUUAUAUUUAUUUCCUACAGGUUGGUUUGGAGAAGUAACCGGAAACUAUCGGAACUUAUUUUUCCUCGCUGGUGCUCCGACGAUUUUAGGCGCGUUUAUCUUUUCAUUGGUUCAUUGUAUCAAGGACCCUGUGAUCGCCAGGCAGCAGAAACGAGCUGUUGUCAUUCCAAACCACGAAAAAGAAAUUAUGCUCGUCUACGAGAGGUUGACGGUUGUGUAA